AACCGGAGAUUAUUCAGACGGAAAGCGGUGGAGCUGCCGUGAACACGGAGGGGGCACUGUUAAAUAACUAUUAAAUACAACACAACGCUAUAGUUCAAUAAGCUACUGUUAACAUAUCAGUGUUGUCAACACGUUGAGCCAUGUCAACCCCGGCCAGAAGGAGACUUAUGAGAGAUUUUAAACGGCUACAAGAGGACCCUCCAGCUGGUGUCAGUGGUGCCCCAUCUGAAAACAACAUUAUGGUGUGGAAUGCAGUCAUAUUUGGCCCUGAAGGAACUCCCUUUGAGGACGGUACAUUUAAACUCAUUGUAGAGUUCACAGAAGAAUACCCCAACAAACCCCCCACAGUACGAUUUGUGUCAAAGAUGUUUCAUCCAAAUGUCUAUGCAGAUGGCAGUAUAUGUUUGGACAUCCUACAGAAUCGUUGGAGUCCCACUUAUGAUGUGUCCUCUAUUCUUACAUCUAUCCAGUCCCUGCUUGAUGAACCAAACCCCAACAGUCCAGCCAACAGUCAGGCAGCUCAGCUGUACCAGGAGAACAAGCGGGAAUACGAGAAGCGUGUGUCUGCCAUUGUAGAACAAAGCUGGAGAGACAGUUGACCUGACAAUCCUGAUAGCUGCUCUCUCCAUUGUUAAGCUGUGUGUGCUGCAAGUUUUAGUGGAGUACCUCUUAAUUUUUGACCCCCCUCCCCCUUUUGUUUUUAAGCUUUUAUGCACUUUACCUUCAACUUCCCUUCAUAGAAUGUUUGUUUUUUUUGCCGGCCAAGAGGGAUUUAUUUUUUCUAUUCCAUCCUCCAUUUUCCAGUCCGUCAGGGGAAAUGUGCUGAAUCUUGCCUUGAUGUGUUGUCAGUAUGGACUUGUGGGCCAUUACCCAAAAAUUCUGGUGUGUUCUUACUUGCUGUAAUAACUCCCCACGACUAAUUAUGUUAAAUGUCUUGGAGGGUGCGUGAAUUAAGUCAUGGGUCCUGUUCUGUUGUGCUCCUUAUCUUUUCUGCCUGUUUGGUUCCACGAGGCAGUUUGUCGGCUCCAAUGUGAUUCAGCCUACCUUUACCCGGUAGAAUGAGCAGCCUGAGAAUCACGCACUACAAACUAAAUCAGACAUCUUUACACCGUGUCUUUUUCUGUGUUGUGAACUCUGUUACAUGCAUGACAGAAAGAGUGUAUUCACGUUCCUGUUCAGUACUCAUGUAUAUAAGAACCCUGCAACUGAAUUUAUGUACAGAUUUUGCACUGGUUUCCCCCAUGUCAUUUUUUUCAGCACUUGUAAAUAAAAAAAGGCAAAUCCAU